AUGUCGACAUCGACAACACCAACGUUCGCGAUGGUCGACAACAACAAUACGACUCAAGAUCGAAUCUUGGCCGAGGCAAUGGCCAACGCGAAAGUAUCGGAGGACGAGUCCGCGGCGUCGGCUCAAGGCACAGUACUUCCAUUCCCGUUCCUUCCGCCACCGCCACCGCCACCGCCGCCGCCACCGCCGUCGCCACCGCCGUCGUCAUCGCCGCCGUUAUCCUUGCCUCCGUCGCCGUCACUGCCGCAAUCGGCAUCACCAUCAACGAUGGUGGUGGUUAAGUCUCAACCGUCUAAACCAAGAUGGCAUCGUGCAGGGCGCGGGCGCAACCAAGAAUGGAACAGCCGCGGCCGCGGUCGUGGCCGUGGCCGUGGCCGUGGCAGCGGCCGCAGCCGCCCCUAUGCCAUAAAGUAUGGCAACAUUUAUUUUAAUUAAAUUUUAUAUUUUAUAUUAAUGAGAAAGGAAGAAAGAAAAAGAAGUAGGUAAUGUGUGAGCGUGUUACAACAGCGUUCAUACAUACAGUAUGAAUUUACAUAUCAUUCUUCCUGCUUCUAACAAAGUUUGCAGUAUAGGCUUGAAAAGGUUAUUGCAUAAGUCUUAUUUGUUUAAAUCAUAUUGAUAGCUAACUACCUCUUUUUAUUUCUAUUUAUAUUUUUAUUUUAUAUUUUUAACAUAACAUGAUUGAAAUGAAAUUAUUAAAUACUUCAAGCCUAGACCGUAUUUUAAGUAAUCUAAAUAAAUCAAUAAAAGUUUGUUAUUUUCCAUCUCUCAUUUGAAUAAUUAUUGAAUUUAA